AUGGGGACAAGUCCUGAAUGGGUCAAGACAGCUUUACUCCCCACCCAGUUCUGCCUGGAGGCCCUGUGGGAUCUUAAAUGGCUCUCAGCUGCUCUGAACUUAGAUCAGGCAGGUGCCUACCAGGGCGUGCGGACCCCAGGAGCCGCUGCCCCGGGCUUUGCCAGGGAGAGGAGCGGCGGGGAGGGGCGUGUUCGCCGCCGCGCGCCCCUGCCCAGGUGGCAGAGGGGCCGGGAUUGGCCCGGAGCCAGGGCGGCGGCGCGCCCCUCCCCGCGGGCCUCCCACUUCCUCCGCGGGCGCCGCGGCUGUCAGGGCGCCGCCACCGCUGGAGGAGGCUGGAGGAGGCUGGAGAAGGCUGGAGGGAGGAGGCUGCUGCUGCCGCCGGUGCCCGAUCCCCGGUCCCCGCGCUGCUCCCGCUCUGGUACCCAGUGCCAGGUCCCGCUCUGCGCCGACGCCCGCCGCCGACGCGCCAUGGACCUGCCCCGGGGCCUCGUGGUGGCCUGGGUGCUCAGCCUGUGUCCAGGGUUCACAGAUACCUUCAACAUGGACACCAGGAAGCCCCGCGUCAUCCCUGGCUCCAGGGCCGCCUUCUUCGGGUACACGGUGCAGCAGCAUGACAUCGGCGGCAAGAAGUGGCUGGUUGUGGGUGCCCCACUGGAAACGAAUGGCCACCAGAAGACAGGAGAUGUGUACAAGUGUCCGGUGACCCAGGGAAAUUGCACCAAGCUCAACCUGGGGAGAGUCACCCUGUCCAACGUGUCUGAGCGAAAGGACAACAUGCGCCUUGGCCUGAGCCUGGCCACCAAUCCCAAGGACAGCAGCUUCCUGGCCUGCAGCCCACUCUGGUCUCACGAGUGUGGUAGUUCCUACUACACCACGGGGAUGUGCUCACGCGUCAACUCCAACUUCAGGUUCUCCAAGACGGUAGCCCCAGCUCUCCAAAGGUGUCAAACCUACAUGGACAUCGUCAUUGUGCUGGACGGCUCCAACAGCAUCUACCCCUGGGUGGAAGUUCAGCACUUCCUCAUUAACAUCCUGAAGAAGUUUUACAUUGGCCCGGGCCAGAUCCAGGUGGGAGUCGUUCAGUAUGGAGAAGACGCAGUCCAUGAGUUUCACCUCAAUGACUACAAGUCUGUAAAAGACGUGGUGGAAGCUGCCAGCCAUAUUGAGCAGAGAGGAGGGACCGAGACCCGGACAGCGUUUGGCAUUGAAUUUGCUCGCUCGGAGGCAUUCCAGAAGGGUGGAAGGAAAGGGGCCAAGAAGGUCAUGAUUGUCAUCACAGAUGGGGAAUCUCAUGACAGCCCGGACCUGGAGAGGGUGAUCCGGCAAAGCGAGAGGGACAAUGUGACCAGAUACGCCGUAGCCGUCCUGGGUUACUAUAACCGCCGGGGGAUCAAUCCAGAAACUUUUCUGAGUGAAAUCAAAUACAUCGCCAGCGACCCUGACGACAAGCACUUCUUCAAUGUCACCGACGAGGCGGCCCUGAAGGACAUCGUGGAUGCCCUGGGAGACAGGAUCUUCAGCUUGGAAGGCACCAACAAGAAUGAAACGUCCUUCGGGCUGGAGAUGUCACAGACCGGCUUCUCCUCGCAUGUGGUGGAGGAUGGGGUUCUGCUGGGAGCGGUCGGCGCCUACGACUGGAAUGGGGCUGUGCUGAAGGAGAUGAGUGGUGGCAAGGUCAUCCCUCUCCGAGAGGCCUACCUGAAGGAGUUCCCUGAGGAGCUGAAGAACCACGGCGCCUACCUGGGGUACACAGUGACAUCCAUCGUGUCCUCCAGGCAGGGCCGGGUAUACGUGGCAGGAGCCCCCCGGUUCAACCACACGGGCAAAGUCAUCCUGUUCACCAUGCACAACAACCGCAGCCUUACCAUCCACCAGGCUCUGCGGGGCGAGCAGAUAGGUUCCUACUUCGGGAGUGAGAUCACAUCAGUGGACAUCGACGACGACAAUGUGACGGACGUCCUGCUGGUGGGCGCCCCAAUGUACUUCAGCGAGGGCCAUGAGCGUGGCAAGGUGUACAUCUACAACCUGAGACAGGGCCGGUUUGUCUAUAACGGAACUCUGAAGGAUUCCUACAGCUACCAGAAUGCCCGGUUUGGCUCAUCCAUCGCCGCUGUCCGAGACCUCAAUCAAGACUCAUACAAUGACGUGGUAGUGGGGGCCCCGCUGGAGGAUAACCACAGAGGGGCCGUCUACAUCUUCCACGGCUGCCCAGGCAGCAUUCUGAAGAGGCCCAAGCAGAGAAUCACCGCAUCAGAGCUGGCCCCAGGCCUCCAGUUCUUCGGCUGCAGUGUCCAUGGGCAGCUAGACCUCAAUGAGGAUGGACUGGUAGACCUGGCUGUGGGCGCCCUGGGAAGCGCGGUCAUUUUGUGGGCCAGGCCUGUGGUGCAGAUCAACGCCAGCCUCUACUUUGAGCCAUCCAAGAUCAACAUCUUCCACAAAGACUGCAAGCGCAGUGGCAGGGAUGCCACCUGCCUGGCUGCCUUCCUCUGCUUCACACCUGUCUUCCUGGCACCCCAUUUCCCAGCAGCAACUGUAGGCAUCAGGUACAAUGCCACUAUGGACGAGAGGCGGUACAUGCCAAGGGCUCACCUGGAUGAGGGAGGGGACCAGUUCACCAACCGGGCUGUCCUGCUGUCCUCUGGCCAGGAGCACUGUCAACGCAUUAACUUCCACGUCCUGGACACUGCCGACUACGUGAAGCCCGUGGCCUUCUCAGUCGAGUAUGUGCUAGAAGACCCUGACCAUGGCCCUAUGCUGGACGACGGCUGGCCCACCACACUCAGAGUCUCGGUGCCUUUCUGGAAUGGCUGCAAUGAGGAUGAACACUGCGUUCCUGACCUCGUGCUGGACGCCCGGAGCGACCUGCCCACGGCCAUGGAGUACUGCGAGCGGGUCCUGAGGAGGUCUGCGCAGGACUGCUCCACGUACACGCUGUCCUUCGACACCACCGUGUUCAUCGUGGAGAGCACGCGGCGGCGCGUGGCAGUGGAGGCCACGCUGGAGAACCGGGGGGAGAAUGCCUACAACACCAUCCUUAACAUCUCCCAGUCUGCAAACCUGCAGUUCGCCAGCUUGAUCCAGAAGGACGACUCCGACGGCAGCAUCGAGUGUGUGAACGAGGAGAGACGCCUGCACAAGAAAGUCUGCAAUGUCAGUUACCCCUUCUUCAGGGCCAAGGCCAAGGUAGCCUUCCGUCUGGACUUCGAAUUCAGCAAGUCCGUCUUCCUGCAACACCUGCAUGUCCAGCUGGGCUCCGGCAGUGACAGCGAGGAGCAGGACAGUACCAAGGAGGACAACUCGGCCCUCCUCCGCUUCCACCUCAAGUAUGAGGCCGACAUUCUCUUUACCAGGAGCAGCAGCCUGAGCCACUAUGAGAUCAAGGCCAACAGCUCACUGGAGGCACAGGGUGGCCUGGGGCCUCCUCUCAGUUGUGUUUUCAAGGUGCAGAACUUGGGCUUCUUCCCCAUCCAUGGGGUGAUGAUGAAGAUCACCAUUCCCAUCGCCACCCGGGGCGGGAACCGUCUUCUGAUGCUGAGGGAUUUCUUCACCGACCAGGUGAACACGUCCUGUAACAUCUGGGGGAACAGUACCGAGUACCGAACCACCCCAAUGGAGGAAGACUUGAGUCGUGCCUCACAGCUGAAUCAUAGCAACUCUGAUGUGGUCUCCAUCGACUGCAACGUGAGGCUGGCUCCCAACCAGGAAGUCAGCUUCUACCUGUUAGGGAACCUGUGGCUGAGGUCGCUCAAAGCACUCAAGUACAGGUCCCUGAAGAUCAUGGUCCAUGCGGUCUUGCAGCGGCAGUUCCACAGCCCCUUCAUCUUCCCCGAGGAGGACCCCAGCCGUCAGAUCACAUUGGAGAUCUCCAAACAAGAAGACUGGCAGAUCCCCAUCUGGAUCAUCGUGGGCAGCACCCUGGGGGGGUUCCUGCUGCUCUCCCUGCUGGUCCUGGCACUGUGGAAGCUCGGCUUCUUUAAAAGUGCCAAACGCAAGAGGGAGCCUGGCCUAGACUCCACCCCCAAAGCACUGGAGUGAGGCUCAGAGGAGGCCUGGAUUCAUGGGCUGGAUACCAGUCUGGGCGGUGUGCAGGCCCUGCUGAGCCAGAGUGGACACCAGCUGGCUUUGCACUUGGCCUCAUCUCAAGCCAUGGAGCCUGUGCCCCGAGGUGGACCUCACGCAGGAGUGAAGAGAAGCCACCCUACUGGACGCGGGAACACCUAACAGACCCCCAGGGAUUUAAAGGGACCUCUCCAAGGUCCCCAAAAGUCCCCCACCCCUGGCUCUGGAGAGUGUGUGCUGCACCAACCACUAGGGUGCUAGAAAUUCGUAAUCACAAUCACCUCUGGAAGGAAUCCCAGGAGGAUACCUAUAAAUACAAACUCACUCUGCGUGCUCCACCAGGCCUCUUCCUCCAGAACCACGGCACAGCAGAUCUGACUUUUGUGGUGUGCUUUCCCACCUCUCUCUGGAGUCACGGCCACCCUCUUCCCAUACAUAGGCCCCAGAGGGCCCCUGAUCCCCUUCCUCCCAGGGAACCUGGGCCCUGGGGUCUGUGACAGCUACAAGCCAGGGAUGAAGACAGACUCUGGAAUGCAGGUGGUGGCAGCUGGGUAGGUGAGAACCCAGAUGCUGAGUACACGCUGAGGCUAAACUGCACCAUGCUGGCCCCACUCACCCUCUCUGAUCCUCCCUCUUGGCUGCUCUUGCCGAGGUACCUCAUGAGGAGCCUGUGAAUAACUCAAUCCCCUGGGCUCCACAUUCCACAUCUUCUGGCCGAGCUGUAGGCUGAGUCAGGGUUAAAGGCAGGGAGCCUUCCCUCCUUGCACCAGCCCCGACCCGACCCCUCCCUUCUCCCUACCCGUGUGGGGAGCAGGGCCAGGACAGCGCUGUGGAGGGCUCUGUAGUGCACUGAAUAACCCGGGUCAAGAGUGGUGCUGGUCAGAGGCAGGUGUCUCCAGCCCACGGGACAUGAAAGGACCAAAAAUGGCACCCCGAGGACAAGGGCAUGCUGGGUGCCCAGACAAGUAACUUAUGCCUUCACUUUCUUGGAAGAGGGACACAUCCAAAGCACAUUGCUCUGUGCGUAGUGCAGCCUUUACUGUCAUGUUUCUAAGAAAUUAAACUGUUUAAAAC